CAUCCGUUUGUUUAAGUGUACACGACGACACAUCAAAUUAUCCGACAUAACAAGUGAUAUUUCGACGAAUGUGAACGAUUCUCUAAACAUUAAAAACGUAUAAUUACACUCAACUUUAUAAGCCCCCUGCCUGCUAAGUCUUCUUUAUUUGAAAUUGGAUUGUUAAUCUGACGCAGCUGAAAAUCGGUGAGCAGCAAAAAUGGACGAUCCAGCUUUUCCUGACAGUCACACGACAACGACAACAACCACCACAAGUACAGUGCAGUCGCCACCGUUGACUAUUGACAAGGGUUACAUCACGUCUAUUCCCGGUAUAUUACGGAUUGUUGAGAUUGCGGUAGGAUUGUUGUACUGGAUCUUACUAGCAGCUGCUAGAGGAUAUGCCGUUGGAUUCCCACUCUUUGUUGGCAUUUCUUGUUGGAUGCUAACAAUCGGCUUUUUCGCUAUAUUUGUGCUGUCGUUGGAUAAGAGAGUCACCGUUAUCAACUGGCUCCUGACUGAGAUGAUCAACAACCUCGUAUGGACUGUACUGCAUUUUAUAGGAGCUUGUAUUGUUGCCGGUAGGGCGGCCAACCAUUUUUUUUUCCGCCACGGAGUCGUAUCUUUUGCAGCGGUCCUCGGAUUUGCUCUGUUGUUCCUUUACGCCGUGAGCACCUUCUUCAACUUCCGCGUUUUCCAAGCCGGAGGCGGUCUCGCACGGCUGACCGGGGGUUCUGGAGGAGCAGGUGGUGCGACAACCACGACAACCACGACAACCGAGUACCCUCCUGAGAAAGACAUGGACGCACCACCCCCGUACACCGGCCCAUAGAGUGGUCAUUAGAAGGCUAUUGCUCACACAGUCAUAAUGGGGGUAAAAUAAGGUAGAAAGAAAAGAUAGGUCUGUGUGAAAGGUAAAGUCAUGGACUAGUUAAUACUCAUAAAAAA